GUUCUUCGAUCUUAAACGUUUCUGCAAUAAUAAACGCAGGGAGUUAAGAUCACGUCGCAGUGAAAGUACCUUUUUCGAUUGUUUCGAUUCAUAUCUUUUUAAAAUAAAAAUAGAAUCCCAAUCAGUGUGAUAAAAUAAUAAGAAAAGAUUUUUUGGUGAAAAUGAAUUGAAACGAAAAGCCAUUUUCUUUUCAAUCAAUUCGUAGUGCAAGCUUUUUUCCACGCCUCUAGUGAUUCACGUCUAAAAUCACUUUGCGAUAUUUAUACGGGUUACGCUGCGAAUUCUCUUAUACCAACGUACGAAAAAGUGUCAUCGCAUGACGUCAAAAUCAUUCUCAUUCGUAGCAAUUUGAAGGUUACCCUGUUUGACAGCCCCAAAAUUCAAUUGCUCCAAAACGAAAAAUUGUGUCGGAUCGAUCGGCUGUUAAAACAAUGAGAGAUUGUUUUUGCGGUCACACGAAACGGUAACACAUUUGUCCCGAAAAUUCUCGGGUGACGGCCUCGGAAGAUUUUUUCGUGCGCGCGUGUGUUUUCCGAGCUUUGUGAUUUUUCGACUUAUAAGUUCGUCGUUUCCUUGACGAAACCAACGACUAAACGUUGCUAUUCCAGGAAAUUCCGAGAUAAGUCUUUUUACGCUUCAAAAUGACAUCUGGUACAACGUUACAGAAAGCCAUUGAUCUGGUGACCAAAGCCACUGAAGAGGAUAGAAACAAAAAUUAUGAAGAAGCUUUGAAACUUUACGAGCAUGCCGUGGAAUACUUUCUACACUCCAUCAAAUAUGAAGCUCAUGGAGAAAGGUCUAAAGAGAGUAUAAGGCAGAAGUGCCUGCAGUAUCUUGACAGAGCAGAGAAACUAAAAGCAUACUUGAAGAAAGGCAAAAAGAAACCAGUGAAAGAUGGAGAGGACAAUUCCAAGAGCGAGGAUAAAAAGAGCGACAGUGGAGACAGCGACACGGAUAGUGACCCGGAGAAGAAGAAGCUUCAGUCACGACUCGAAGGAGCCAUUGUCAUUGAAAGGCCCAACAUUAAAUGGAGCGACGUCGCAGGAUUAGAACUUGCGAAAGAAGCUCUCAAAGAAGCUGUUAUUUUGCCUAUACGCUUCCCACACUUCUUCACUGGCAAGAGAAUACCAUGGAAGGGAAUCCUUUUGUUUGGACCACCAGGUACCGGAAAAUCGUAUCUGGCCAAGGCGGUAGCAACGGAAGCCAACAACUCCGAAUUCUUGUCCGUAUCUUCGUCCGACUUGGUCAGCAAAUGGCUCGGCGAAUCUGAGAAGCUCGUUAAGAACUUAUUCGACCUUGCACGCCAACGAAAGCCUGCAAUUAUAUUCAUCGAUGAAGUAGAUUCGUUGUGCUCCUCAAGAUCUGAUAACGAGUCGGAAUCUGCGCGUAGAAUCAAAACUGAAUUUCUCGUUCAAAUGCAAGGUGUUGGCACAGACAACGAUGGCAUUCUCGUUCUCGGUGCAACGAAUAUACCUUGGGUACUCGACUCCGCGAUAAGGAGACGUUUUGAAAAACGUAUAUACAUUGGUCUACCGGAAGAACACGCGAGAGUAACGAUGUUUAAGCUUCAUUUGGGCAACACAGCUCAUUCUUUAACGGAAGAUGACUUUCGAACUUUGGCUGCGAAUACCGAAGGCUAUUCGGGCGCGGAUAUAAGCAUUAUAGUGCGUGAUGCACUUAUGCAACCGGUUCGUCUCGUGCAGACAGCAACGCAUUUCAAAAAAGUACGAGGCCCAUCGCCGAAAGACAAAAACAUUAUUGUCGAUGAUUUGUUGACUCCUUGCUCGCCCGGCGAUCCCGGAGCCAUAGAAAUGAAUUGGAUGGAAGUCGAAGGCGAUAAACUUUUCGAACCUCCAGUUACGAUGAAACACAUGAUGAAAUCGUUAUCGACGACCCGCCCAACGGUAAAUCAGGAGGACAUGGCAAAGCUAGAGAAAUUCAAGGAAGACUUCGGCCAGGAGGGCUGAAUGGUUUCUUAUAAUAGAAUUUGAGGUAUUUUUGUUUUUUUUUUGCCUGAUCACGUGAGCUCGUACAUUAUUUGAAUAUUGCCGAUGAGAAGAAAAGCAAAAACAAGACGAAAAAAGAACACUGGAGUUCUGCUUGCCCGUCCCCGCCCUCGGAGAAUCUUUGACAAAUCUUCGUGUUCGUAAAAUAAUCCCUGAAAAUAAUUGAGGGCAUAAAAUCGCGUAGAAUUACAAUAUUUCAAAACAAUUAUAAUUUCUUUUGUUACUCAGUUUGCUUGAAUUAUUUUAAAAUUACUAACGAUAGAUGAAGGAAAGAGAAAGCGAGAACUAAAUAACCAACUUCCUGAAGUGAAAAAAACUUGCAGUCGGUACCAGCAUAAUAAAUAGAAAUCAAUAUAAUUUUAUUUUCCCCUCCGUGAUAAUAAUAGUUUUAUCGAUAUAAUUAUUGCACGAGUUCGAGCUUAAAUUUAUUCAGUUCUCUAAUCGCUCGAACAUGCACUCUUUUGCUCUAAUGAGUGAGGGAAAAGAAAAAAAAAACGAUAAAUUGAUUCCCCAUCAUCGAAAUUUGUAGCCCGAUUCGAUCGAGCCGAUUUGCCAGUGAAAAAAUAAAUAAAAUGAAACUAAAAAUACAUAGAAUAUAUGAAUAUAAAUAUAUAAAUACGAUAAAUGCGGAAGGCAAUGUACAUCUAUUGUGUGUUUUAUCGUUAAGCCAGGACACAUCUCUAUUCUCUCAUGUAAAAAUUGUUUUUAUGGUUAAACUCUAAAUAAAUCACAAGCUAUACAGUG